GCAUAACAGAUCUGUUUACAAUUUCUGCAGUAUAAAUUAGCAUUAAACUCCAAGGACCAUGUAGAAGAGAGAAGAAAGUCACAGUUAAAUAUGAGGAAGCUAAUUCCUGUAGCUUUGUUACUCACUGUGCUGUACAGUGGAAGAGCCAUUACUAAUGGAAAAAUGACUGCAGUGAAGGCUACAACUCAACAAGCGCAUUCAGCUUCAAGAACUAAAAACAAUCUGUCUGCACUCAAACUUUCAGCUGCAAAUACAGAUUUUGCCUUGCGUCUCUACAGACAGAUUGCCUCUCAGCCAAGCUCAACUUCCAAGAAUAUUUUCUUCUCUCCUAUAAGCAUCUCCUCCAGCCUGGCCAUGUUAUCACUGGGUGCAAAACAUAACACUCGGGAUCAGCUACUACGUGUUCUUGGGUACUCCAAUAUGUCAAAGAACGAUGCAGCCGAGGUGCAUGCAACAUUCAGAUACCUCCUGCAGGAGUUAACCGGUGAAAAUAGUGAGCUGCAAAUGAUGAUGGGGAGCUCUCUCCACAUCCAGCAAGGAUUAAGUCUCCAAAAGAAAUUCCUCGAUGAUACAAGGCAAUUUUAUAAGGCAGAGGCACUCAGUGCUGAUUUCAGAUUAUUAGACAAAGCAAAAAGAAAGAUCAACACUUAUGUGAGAAAGCAAACAAAUGGCAAAAUCCAAGAAUUCAUUAAAAUGCUUAAUCGAAACACUGUAAUGGUACUUAUCAAUUAUGUCUUGUUCAAAGGCAAAUGGAUGAAACCUUUCGAUCCUCAGAAAACCUAUGAAGAUGACUUUCACGUCGAUGAUACAACAACAGUUAAAGUUCAAAUGAUGAAGAGAAAGGGAAGAUAUGCUAUGAAUUAUGAUGAAGAACUUGCUAGUUCCGUGAUUUUGAUUCCAUACAGAGGAAAUGCUUCUCUUGUGCUUAUACUACCAGACCCAGGAAAAUUGGCAGGAGUGGAACAAAACCUGACAAUUACCAAUUUUCAGCACUUAAUAACAUCAUUACGGAUUGGGUCUGUGGAUCUACACCUCCCAAAGUUAUCGUUGAGAUCGACCUACCAACUCAAGCAGCUGCUGAUUGCAAUGGGCAUUGUAGACAUCUUCACUAAUAAUGCAAACCUCUCCAAAAUCACUAAAUCUGGACCAGUACAAGUGUCGAAGGUGAUUCAUGAGGCUGUGCUGGAUAUCGAUGAAAGAGGAACUGAAGCCUCAGCAGUUACUGGAGUUGGUUUGAUGCCGAUGUCAAGGCCUCCUCAACUUAAAUUGAACAGACCCUUCUUACUAUUAAUUGCUGAACACAGCACCAAGAGUGUCCUGUUUGCAGGGAGAGUGAUGAACCCCACUGUUUAAUACUGGUGCAAACGUCCACAAAAAGUCUAGAAUCAAUAUGUUGAAAACAAUGAGGUUACUUGCAACAGCUGUCAACAUUUAAAUAGCUCAAAAUUUAGUCAAAUUCAGCUCUCUGUAAUGAAAACCAAGUGUAUCUAAUGUAGACAUUGUAUAUCAUGCUUUGUAUGAAGCCUGGUUUUAGUAUCAUUAGUAUAAUUUACAUUAAAGUAGAUGAUGCAUUUGAA